AUUUUUAUGUUGGUUUUCACCUGUAUAUCUUCUCGUUUAUUGAAGAUUUAGUAACUAGUUUACUUUACUCUUGCAUGUAGCCCACUGGAAAACAUCGUGGUUGGUUUAUAGACCCACUUGGAGGUAACCCUUGGUGGACACUGCUUGCUGCUUUUGUACCAGCGCUGUUAUGCACUAUCCUUAUUUUCAUGGAUCAACAGAUCACUGCAGUUAUUAUUAAUAGAAAAGAGCACAAGUUGAAGAAAGGUUGUGGUUAUCACCUUGAUUUGUUGAUGGUAUCUAUUAUGCUGGGAGUAUGCUCGAUUAUGGGUCUUCCCUGGUUUGUGGCUGCCACCGUUCUCUCCAUCAGUCAUGUCAAUAGCCUAAAAGUGGAAUCAGAAUGCUCAGCACCAGGUGAACAGCCCAAAUUCCUUGGCAUUCGAGAACAGAGAGUUACCGGCUUACUGAUAUUCAUCCUGAUGGGAUUGUCUGUUUUUAUGACUUCAGUUCUGAAGUUUAUCCCAAUGCCAGUGCUUUACGGAGUCUUCCUGUACAUGGGUGUUUCAUCUUUGAAAGGCAUUCAGUUUUUUGAUCGUAUAAAGCUGUUUGGGAUGCCUGCAAAACACCAGCCUGACUUAAUCUACUUGCGUUAUGUUCCACUGUGGAAAGUUCAUAUCUUCACGGUUAUUCAACUUAGCUGUCUUGUUAUUCUUUGGGUCAUCAAAACCACGGCUGCUGCAGUUGUCUUUCCCAUGAUGGUUCUUGCUCUGGUUUUUAUUCGGAAACUUUUGGACUUCUGUUUUACGAAACGAGAACUCAGCUGGUUGGAUGAUUUAAUGCCAGAGAGCAAGAAGAAGAAACUGGAAGAUAUGCAGAAAAAGAAGAAAGAAACGGAGGUAAAUGAACGGACCUUCUGA